AUGUCGUUGGACAGCUUACCAAAAGUCGCACGCUUUGUGACCACCAACAAUGCCCAAGGCAAAGCUGUUUUUUCGGAUGCUGUAGGUGAAGCGGCCGAGCCAAAGCCUAUCCAUGGCGGCGAGGUGGUGUUCGGAUUGCAAUACUGCUCAGAGCAAUUCCCUGUCAACCUGAACGAGAACAAGGAUAUCGAGGCCUACAAGAAAUUCUCGCAACAAGCUCCGGGCUUGGUGAUCAAUUCCGGCACAGUCCUGAGGACAGUCGAUAUGGGCCCAGGUCACUUCUCGCCAAUGCACCGCACAGUGUCCCUCGAUUACGGCAUUGUCCUUCAAGGCGAGGUGGGGUUGGUCCUCGACAGCGGCGAGACCAGGCGAAUGAAGCAGGGUGAUGUAGCCAUACAGCGUGGCACGAUGCACGCGUGGCGCAACUUGUCGGAUACUGAGCCAGCACGCAUGAUAUACGUGUUGUUGCCGGCGCAAGAAAUGGAGGUAGCAGGUCAGAAGAUGGGAGAGGACCUUGCAGACAUGAACGGCGUGCGUAGCAGCUCGUGA